UAUCUUAUAGAUGCUUAGUACCUGGGUAGUUCAGUUGAAAUCAAGAACUUGUGAGAUUAAAUUACAAAUAUGUCAGCAAACAAAGCUAACAAACCAGGCCCUAUCUUGGCUGGACUUACUCUAUCUUCUUUGAAGAAGAAUUAUCCUCUGAUCCCACUGUUCAUUGCUUUGGGUGUUGGUGUAGCGGGUGCUACAUUUUACACAUUUCGUUUAGCUUUUCGUAAUCCCGAUGUAACGUGGUCUUUGAAGAAAAACCCUGAACCAUGGCAAGAAUAUCGUGAUAAACAAUACAAAUUCUACUCUACUGUGGAUUACAAAGAUCAUGCCUCCAAAGCACCCGAAUAUUAAACAAUUUUCUAUGUAGUUUGUUAUGUAGAUAAGUAAUAUGAUAAGAAAAUGAAUGAACUUUCCAUACAUUUUCUAUAUAUUCUAUUAUCAUAACAAUGUAAAUAAAUUUAUUUAAUAUUCAUAAUUUAUUAGAUGUAUUUUGCAAUAAUUUAUAGAAAUCUAUUUAAUGACCAUAAUCAAGAAUCCAUUAAAAUGCAAUUUGUAAAUUUCUUUCAAUAAAUGACUCAUUACGUUUAA